AUACAACUGGGUUUUGAUUGAGCAAUAUUUCAUUUGUAAACAUAGAACUUUGCAAGAAACCCAAGAUGAGGCACCACUCAUGAAGUGAGAGAGGUGAACUACGUCAGCACGGAGGGAGGCACCCACCGCAGGGAUGCCUCGGAGGCAGCGGCGGCGGCCGAACGAGGAUGAUGAGCGCUCUAUAAGAAGAAAAGCCACCACGGAGAGCGCUCACAUAGUCCAGACAUGAUGAUGACGAAGAAGACGUGAGAGAGGGAGGCAGAAAGAGAGAGCAGCGAGCGGGAUGAUCGAGACUUGUUUUUAGUCCCGUUCAAACUGACGAGUGAGCGCCCGGUGCGAGAGAGGGAGGGACGACCCGGCGAGUUUCAAAUGGCCGGGCGGCGAGCUGCUGCUUCUUUAAGUGUCACAUUGAGCACCUGAGCGGUUGUUUGCUGCCUCGAUAUCCUCCUCGUCCUUUGACUUGACAACAGCCAUUCAAUGUCACCACUUCUACUUUGACUUUGAGCCCCAAGAAGUCUGGAACAAGUCACUGACGGAGACAUUCGUGACGCCUCAAUAUGUACCAGGGGCAUUUACAGGGCAAAGACUCUAGGGCUGCAGAUAAGACUGUUGCCAUGGUCCUGAAGGAGAUACCGAGUAAGGCGUCGUCAGAAGGGAAGCCCCUCCUCACGGUGACUACCAAGCUGGUGAGUGAGCAACAAGAGAGUCGUCCGCUUCUGAGUCCUUCCAUUGACGAUUUUCUCUGCGAGACCAAGUGUGAUGGGCUUUCCCGACCGGUGACCUCCAACACAGCAGUUCUGUCGUCCACAUUGGACCUACUGGACCUCAGUGAGCCAAGCGAGCAGAGAAACAACAAAGACAGGAAGAGUCCUGGUUCGUCACGGAGCGACAAACACAACAGCCCGCAGAAGAAAAAGAUUGCCGAGACGGACCUAAUCCAGGUGGAGGUGGAACAGAGCAUGCGGACACCAGAGAGGGCAUCACUGGACUCCGCUAUCAUUGAUUCACCAUUGGAUAAAUGGGAAGAGUUGAACCCCAACCCUGAGAGAAACGGGAAUAGAAAGUGGAAACUGGAGAGACGGCGUUCAUCAAAAAACUCCUCAAAUGAAUUUCUAUGGUCCAUUGACUGUAAAACCCAAUUAGAGCAAUUGAAUAAGAACUGUGUGGAAGCAAACACCAAAGUGGAGCCAGAGUCUGCCCUUGCAUCUCAACUCAACAGGCAGUAUAUUAGUGGAAGACAUGCUCGUCUCACCAAGGAUCAGCGGUGGGGCAGCGCCCUCCUGUCCAGACAUCAGUCUCUGGAAGAGGAGUUUGAGCGAGCCAAGGCUGCUGUGGAAUCGGAUACGGAGUUCUGGGAUAAGAUGCAGGCAGAGUGGGAGGAACUGGCUCGGCGAAACUGGCUGACGGAGAAUGAGCAAGCCCAGAUUCCCUCUACGGUCUCUCCUCAUGAGAAGGGUUACUACUUCCACACAGAUAAUCCCUAUAAGGACUUGCCUAAUGCCUUUGAGGAGGGGCUGAAGAAGUCUCGGGAAGGAGACUUGCCAAAUGCGGUGCUUAUGCUGGAAGCAGCUGUCUUGCAGGACCCUCAUGAUUCAGAGGCUUGGCAAGUGCUGGGGACCACCCAGGCUGAAAAUGAGAAUGAGCAGGCAGCAAUUGUGUCCCUCCAGAGAUGUUUGGAGCUACACCCGAACAACCUCCCGGCCCUCAUGGCCUUGGCGGUGAGCCUGACCAACACGGGGAUGCGUUACGAAGCCUGCGAGGCUCUGCUGCGCUGGCUUCGACACAAUCCGAAAUACAAACAGCUCCUGAAGGGCAAAAACCAUCUUGUGGGAUCCCCAAACUCCCAGCGCAGGAUGUCCCACGCACCAAACAGUGGCAGGCAUGAAAGCUCCAUGUUACCCGAGAUCAAGGAACUCUUCCUGGAAGCAGUCCAGCACAACUCGGACACCGUUGACCCAGACUUGCAGACGGGUCUCGGAGUGCUCUACAACCUCAGCGGCGAGUUCAACAAAGCGGUGGAUGCUUUCAACACCGCCUUGUCGGUGCGGCCCGAGGAUUACUUGCUGUGGAACCGGCUGGGGGCCACUCUGGCAAACGGAGACCGGAGCCAGGAGGCCGUGGAGGCGUACACGCGAGCUUUGGAGCUGCAGCCGGGGUUUAUCAGGUCCCGCUACAACCUGGGAAUCAGCUGCAUUAACCUCGGAGCACACAGAGAGGCGGCCAGCAACUUCCUGACGGCUCUCAGCCUUCAGCGGAAAAGCCGGAGUCGGCAGCAGUCCCACCAGGUCAUGUCUGGAAACAUCUGGGCUGCUCUCAGGAUAGCUUUGUCCAUGAUGGAUCAACCUGAACUCUUCCAGGCCGCAAACAUCGGUGACCUGGAUCUUCUGAUGAGAGCCUUCAACUUAGACAUAUGAGGAAUAUAAGUACGGUAGUGACGAUUGCAUUUCCUCCUCUCUCUUCUAGCCAAUAGCUCAAAGCCCAAAGUGGACACCCUCAGAAUGCAUCGGAUGUAAUGCGGGAGAUGAUUAUUCCGUUCCUUUUUAAUGCACGUUGUCCACCCCAAUUAACUCGGAGCGGUUCUGGGGACAGGUUCUUCCAAGUGACGGCUUUGCACUGCAAUUUGCAAGUACCCCCAAAGAGCACAAGGACGGGCGAAGAUUGUACGAGCAAUGCCUUAGAGAAUAUGUCAAUUAAAAACGGGCUCACUCAAUGGAACGGAGCAGAACAGGGAGGGAUCGAGUGGACAGAACGCCGUGUACAGUUUGCUGUUUGCACACAACCGAUGUGGUUUUGGGACAACAAAGCUUUCCCGACAAAGAAAGACUUCCGUGAACAAAUGAAAACAACUGCACCGUAUCACCUGAAGUUGAUAUUUAUUUUCCCGGCUUGGAGUAACGCUCCCGCAUGACUUUUCAAAAGUUUCCCUUUUGCACUUGAGACAAACCGGUGACCUCCUCCAUUCAAGUGGAAUGUGCAAGCCAGGUUGUGUAAGCCUUACUCAAGAGCAUGCCAACAAGAUUUAUUGAUACUAUUUUUAUGGCAACACAAAAUUACUAAGCCAUUGCAUCCUAUAUAUGAUAUUACCAGACUGGUUUCACCUUUUUUUAACUGCCAUCUGCAAGAACUUGAAAUCUUUUCCUCAUCCGAGUCUCAAUUUUACUUUAAAAAAUUUUUGUUCAUUUCCCGUUCCGGUAAUGGUUCUAAGAACUUUGCAGUUGAGCAUCACAUUUAGAGGUUAAAAAAAAAACACAGACCUUUCAUUACUCUAUACUGCGUUUACGCUUCGAAACCUUCAGACUGCGUCCGUCAUCAGGCAUCAUCCAAUGUUUCCACCAGCGGUGCACUUCAGUUUUGGGUUGGUACACUCAUAGAAGGAUAGAGAAAAAUGUGGUAUCUCGAUAACCUUUCACAAUGACAAUGUAAACAUUUACACAACAAGCUACAAUGUACUGCUUGGAGGAAAUGAAAGUUUGGUCCCAAAAAAAAAAUUGUAAGAAUCCAGAAAAGUCAAAUAUCCAAUGUCAAGUGUCCUCCGCUGGGCCAUUGUCCGAAAGUCACUCUGUGAAGUCAGCGACAUCCAUUCCGAUCCUCAAGGACCAGUGUCAUGCCCGUUUUAGAUGUUCCCCUCUUCCAACGCACCUGAUUCAAAUGAUUAGGAUCGUUAGCAGGCACCUGCAGAACAUGUUGACGAGCUCAUGAUUUGAAUCAGGUGUUUUGAAGGAGGGAAACUUGCAGCCCUUAAACACCAGAGCAUGACACCUGUGUAAUAGUUCAUCUGCUUUACUUUACGUUUAGCCCAGCGCCUGGCCACGUCCCUCCCAGGUUGAAGAUGAUCCUAUGCAAAAGGUCAUGUUUUAUGUUCAGCGGACCUUUACAAAAAUGAGAAGAAUGUUAUCAGCCUCAACCAUCCAUCUCCCCUCUCAUACGGCUCGUGCGAGACAAUAACGAGACACGAACCCAAAUCCGAAGAUAAACGCAAAACAAGCCAUUUUGUAGCCUGUUGUGGCACACACUGUGCCAUGUGGUUGUGUCAUCGUUGUCCUCUUUUGCACCUAAAACAUCAGAAUAUAUCACUGCUCCACUGCAGAUCCUGUUUGACUUGAUGGAGUCUACUUUUUGAAAAAGAACACCCAAGUAGUCAACGGGAAAUAUGCAACUAAUUAGACUUUGGAGGUAAUAAAAAGUGAUACCGGCAUUUAAAUGGCCUCUUUGCUCAACGUUGAGCAAACAGUCAAGACCUAAAAAGUUUAUUUUAAAAUGUUUAGUUUGGCUUCAUGUGCGGCUAUGCCUCCACUGAUGUCAUCGGGCACCGCCCACCCCCGCUUAGAAAACCGCUGCAAACUGAACAGAAAGGAAAGUAUGGAUUUGGAUUGCCCUUGUCGCCGUAAUUUCAACGUGGUAGUUGUACAAAAGGAAUGUGUAACCACCAGAUGCAGAUGAGAACAGGUAUUUCAGUGAAAACUUGCCCUCAAAAACACUCUUCAUAAAACCAACCACUGCAGGCCAAAAACAAUAAAUCAAUACACAGAACUGUCAUCAAAAUCCACCCAAACAGGACCCGCGGGAGACAAGCACAAGCACCACACAAAAAUAAACCGAGACAGGAGGCUAAGUAGACAGUGACUAAUUACGCAAUGAGAGACAGGUGGUGAAGACACAAGGGGGCAAGCCGAUUGGCUGAGCGACAUGCAGGAUACCAGGUGAUGCUUCUUAAGUAAUGAGCACAUACAGGGAAGACACCCAAAAACAUUGAAAAAAAGAGGAGGCAUGGGAACACAAAGUAUACAUUUGUAAGAACAAAUGAAACACACAGCGGGAGCUGUUAAGUCUAAGAAGGAAUUGUUUGGAUUUUGUUCUUGUCUAUGUGCCGACCCUGUCUUUGCUCUUUGCCAAUCUUUAUUUCAGUCUUUCCCAGUCUUUAUUGAGCCAAGGCACAUAUUUUACUUGACAAAAAUCCCUUGAAAAGACCACCGCGCAAUACUGUCAACAAAAAUCUCACAAUAAAGCGUCUCAAUUGACUUAUUUAGUGAGAAAUCACCUCCUGUUUAAUUGAGCACAAAGCUGAUACAUUGCCACUUAAUAGUUCUGCCUGCCCCCAUACAUCAAUGGCAUAGACAGAUGAACCAUUGACAUUAUUGGUCGUAAAUAAAUAAUACAUUUUGGACCCUUCUUUUACACAAGAUCAUUUCUUGCGGGACACUAAUGUGGCUCCCUGGCUAAGUGGUUGGGAAUCACCGCGAUACUUGAUUGACACGCAUUCCGUCAGAGGUCACUGAUGUGUUCUAAUACUGUUGCUCGCGUAAUUAAUAUCCAGGAGAGUCCUCAGUUUACGACGGUCCCGGCGUGUGUCAUUUUGAAUUUAUGAAUGGUGUAGAAUAAAGCUAUUUUGUGCAACGGGGCAAGAAUACAUCAGCGCGCAGCACAAGAAGGCAUGCUGAAGUGCCGCUUGUUUUUCACAGUAUUUGUUUCUAUUUGCAGGGGUGUUUUUUUAAGAAAAAUAUCUACUGUAAUUAUGAAUUUACUAUUGCGUUAACAUCCACUAGGUCAGUGGUGUGAGGACCUCCCGUCUAGUCCGGGCACGCAACUCCAGCUUUUACAGGCCAAGACAAGUCAGGGCGGAAACACUUUGUGUCACCAAAAAGUCAUGGGCAGGGGAAACCACAAGAGAGAGGUUGAUGGUCCCCAAAUAAUGUUGUUUUUUUUGGUUUGUUUGUUUGUUUGGUUGGUUUUAACCCUGCCCUCUGUCCUUGUUAUUUCAAUGUUACACUAAAAUGCAGAGACAUAAAAAUGUCAGAAUGGCUUUGGAUGAGUCGUUGGUGCCUCUGCGUCACAGCUGUCCAGCAGAUCAGUUUGGGAUUUUGGUUUCCCUUCUCGAUUGGCCUCACCAACAUUGUCCUACAUGCUGACAUUGCCAAGUACCCGCUCAACGGCCAGCCCCGUUGGACCAAUACAACCCUCCAUUCAACUUUCUCAUUCUUCUCACGAACACAGCAGUCAUUUGAAAACAUCACUGUCUAUCGUUGACGAGGGUUUCCAAAUGUACAAAAUCCAAUCGAGUUUUCUGAUUAAGGUUUGCAGGCCUUUGCUGUUCUUACUUAAAAUGAAGACAUUAUUUUAUUUUCAAGAAACCUUAGAGGGCAUACUGUAUUGCAUUGAGUUGUCAGUAGAAGCGACUUGUUAAAGCCUCUCAGGUGAACAAUCGUAGAGCAUGCUCCUGAGAAACAAAACGAGCUUGAGUGCAUGCCAGAUCCUUUACACCGAGUUUGUAUGCAUGGAUAACAGGGAACUGCUUUCUUUUAGUCCCAAUACCUUUACAUAUAUUACAUUUCAUUGCCAUAUGUUGGCGGUUAAAAACUGGACCCUCGACAAGAAAGUGCAUAUACAGUACAUGUAUCUAUAUAAUGUCAACUGCUUUUGUUUGAAUGAGCAGCUGUGCAAGGGAGAAAUGAAUGGGGGGGGGGGGGCACAUUAACUCUGAAGCUCUCAAGUACGUUACGAGAACACAACUGUAUUGCGAGGGAAUUUUCGAAUGACCAUGUGACUUGACUACUGAUAACAUUUUCGAAUCACCCCAACCAUAAGAGCGAUACAUUUCCCCAAAUGUCUUUUCCUUGGUGGAAUUAAUCGCGGUUGACGGAUCAGUGAAUAAGUUAAAAACACUUUCAUAGCAACUAAUUAAUCACAUGGAGUCUUAACAUUUUAUGAGCGCAAUAAUUUAGGGUCACAAAGAUUAGGAUAGUCAUUAUUGCUUAUUUACAUUAUAUGGCGGUAAAAGCUGGCAGGAUCUUAUUUUAAGUGUGACAAUCUAAAAAUAUGGAAAGUGUGACAGGGACAAACUGAAUAUGAAAUUGACGUUCAAAGUAUACAGCUAUCUAAUUACAACGAUGAAAGUUAAAUUAUUUGGAUUUUUUUUAAAAUAAUUUGUAAAAUUUGGCGGGAAAGUUUGAAUUACAUGAAAACACAAAUUAUACUGAAUAUAAGUGGGAAUCAGAAGAAAAUGGAAGUAAAUUUAAAAAAAACUUUGAGAACAACAUUGAGGAGAUAUUAAGAAACUAUCAUUUCAAGAGAAUAUCAUUGCUAUGGUAAGAGAGAGAAUAGUAGGGAUUUGAAAAUGAAAAAAAAUCAUGUAAUUAAAGAGAAAUAAAAUUUACCAUUGUUACAUGGG